AAUCUAUUAACCAAAAGAAAAGAGAGAGGAAAAAAAUAACAAACAGAAAGAAGAGAAAAAUGGCUCAAUUGGCUGCUUUGUCGGGAAAGCAAGCUGAUGAGUACUUGAACGCAAGGCCGAAAUAUCCUACAAUAUGGUACAAAGUGUUGGCUGGUCGAACCAGCAACCAUAAGGUGGCUUGGGAUGUCGGGACCGGUAACGGUCAGGCUGCUAUUGGGGUCGCUGAGUACUACGAGAAAGUGGUGGCAACUGAUAUAAAUGAAUCACAACUCCAACGUGCAAUGAAACACCCAAGAGUCACUUACCAUCACACUCCAUCAUCAAUGUCCGACGACGAUCUAGUGACUCUACUCGGUGGAGAAAACUCCAUAGAUAUCAUAAUAGCUGCUCAAGCUCUUCACUACUUCGACCUAAAGAGAUUCUACCCCAUAGUGAAACGUGUUCUUCGUAAACAAGGCGGUAUCAUCGCAGUUUGGGUUUACAACGAUCUCAUCAUCACCCCAAAGGUUGAUUCCAUCAUGAAACGUCUGGUGGAUUCAACAUUACCUUACAGAAACCCGACUAUGAAUUUGGCGUUUGAUGGUUAUAGAACAAUUGAAUUUCCUUUUAAAAACAUAAGAAUGGGGACUCAAGGAAGGCCUAAAGCUCUUGAUAUUCCACACAAGCUUUCGCUUAAUGGAUUUCUAGGGUUUUUAAAAUCAUGGCAGCCUCUAGUGAAGGCAAAGGAGCAAGGAGAAGAUCUUUUAACUUCUUGUAUGAUUGAUGAGUUUAAGGAAGCUUGGGGUGAUGACAAACAAGUCAAGAAUGUUUUCUACAAGGCAUACAUGCUUGCUGGGAAACUUUAGGUUUCGAGAGCAACCUAGUGGAUUUACAAACAAGUCAAGAAUGUUUGAACUUUUUCAAUUCUGUUU